AUGUUGAAGAUUCACAGUUUGUUCCUCACAACGUAUUCCCUUGAGGUUAUAUAUUUUCGCCUUAUCUAUCUAUCUAUCUAUCUAUCUAUCUAUCUAUCUAUCUAUCUAUCUAUCUAUCUCAGAGUGUUCAUAUCUAUUUAUCUAUCUAUGUCAGUAUUCUAUCUAUCUAUCUAUCUAUCUAUCUUAGCCUGUUCAUAUCUAUCUCAGACUUUUCAUAUCUAUCUAUCUUACUCAGUUCAUAUCUCUCUCUCUCUUUCUCUCUCUCUCUAUCUAUCUAUUUGUCUAUCUUCGCCUGUUCAUAUCUAUCUCAGUCUGUUCGUAUCUAUCUAUCUAUCUAUCUAUCUAUCUAUCUAUCUAUCUCAGUUUAUUAAUAUCUAUCUUAGCCUGUUCAUAUCUAUCUCAACCUUUUCAUAUCUAUCUGUCUAUCUUAGUCGGUUCAUAUCUCUCUCUCUCACUCUCUCUAUCCCUCUAUCUAUUUAUCUAUCUCAGUCUGUUCAUAUCUAUCUAUCUAUCUAUCUAUCUAUCUAUCUAUCUAUCUAUCUAUCUAUUCUAUCUAUCUAUCUAUCUAUCUAUCUAUCUAUCUAUCUAUCUAUCGCAGUCUGUUCAUUAUCUAUCUAUCUAUCUAUCUAUCUAUCUAUCUAUCUAUCUAUCUAUCUAUGA